AUGGAUCGGUUUCUCUCCCGGAAACGUCCAAGAGACUCCAACUCGCAGAGGCCUCAAGACACCACAACACUUCUUUCAACCAAAGAAGGGGACUGUGGAAUAGCUAGAGAGGAUGAAUCAACAGAUAUAAAGCUGGCCAUUUUGGCAUCGCUCUUCCCAGAUUUCGAGCAAGAAAUCCUUCUUGAUUCGUUGAUUGCCAGUGAAGGAUCGGUCACGACGGCAUGCUCUACCCUAUCAUCCCAGACGCCUCCGCACAGUAAUAAGAAGCGCACAAUUUCUAGAGGCCUAGGCAUACAACGCUCACUCUCAUCAUUCGGCGUAACAGCGGCAAGUUUAUCAACGCCCAAACCAGGAUCGAAACCUCUCACGAAAAGAGGGCGGACCUUGCACCUCUUCUCCCCUGAGGACAUAUCUAAGUACACUCCUUGCACCAUAAUCCACAACUUCCUCCCCACCAAUGAAGCCAAUGAUCUUCUGCGCGAACUUCUCGAAGAAGCCAAAACAUUCCCCAGACAAACUUUCCAACUCUUCGAAAACACGGUCCAGAGUCCCCACUCCGCAGGCUUCUAUGUCGCCAGCGCUGAAGAACUACAUCAACAGAAACACGAAUACUCCUACAAUGGCAGCUAUCGAACAGACGUCCGGGUAUUAACCCCGGAACUCCGUCGUGUUUCUACAAAAGUCCAACAAGCCGUGAAUGACGAGAUCCGUAAGCGUAUCAAAUCACACUACCCUGGCGGAAAGAAACUAAAAUACCAAUCGACACGUACAUGGGUCCCCAAUGCGGCGUUUGUGAACUGUUAUGAUGGGCCCUCCGAGAGCGUGGGCUACCACUCGGAUGAACUGACGUAUCUGGGGCCUCGACCCGUCAUUGGUAGUCUAAGUCUAGGCGUGAUGAGGGAGUUCCGGGUGCGGAAGAUAGUGCCACCUGAUGAUCCCGAGGAUCUCAAUGAUAACACUAACAGCAAUAGUGAUAAUAGCAAAGAAGAGAGGCCUACGGCAUCGACAUCUACGUCUACAACGCCAGUAAGUAGAGCGGACAUCCAAGGCCAAAUCUCCAUCCACCUCCCCCAUAACUCCCUCCUGGUAAUGCAUGCCGAAACCCAAGAAGAAUACAAACACAGCAUCAGCCCCACACAGACUAUAACUCCCCAUCCAAUUGCGGGUAACAAACGCAUAAAUAUCACAUACCGCUGGUACCGUGAGUCUCUGCACCCGCGACAUACUCCCAGGUGCCAUUGCGGAAUGCCGUGUGUGUUGCGCUGUGUGCAGAGGAAAAGGGAGACGCGGGGAAGAUAUAUGUGGAUGUGCUAUUCUGGGUAUGCGGUUGGGAAGGCGUCGUGUUCGUUUUUCCAGUGGGCGGAGUUUGAUGAUGAGGGGGAACCCAUUUGGCUGGAUAAGGAAAAAAGCGUGGAGCGUCAAACGGAAGGCCAGGGAAUGACUCGAGUAAAGCCAUGUAAUAAGUAG